AUGGUGGAUAUCUACUCCUUGGAAGCUAUUCCUCCUCAAUCUACAAUCUUUGACGACUUACAAAUUGACAUGAACCACAAGCUCAUCAUUCAAUCUUUGUAUCUAGUUCGUGGUAAAGGCUCCGGACUUUUCAUACUCCUUCAUGGCGUUCCUUGUGUGGGCAAGACUGCUACGGCUGAAGCCAUUGCCCAGGCUAAUAAGAAGCCGUUAUUCAGCAUCACCUGUGGAGACUUGGGGUUAACACCCGAGGCGGUCGAUUCAAAGUUGAACGAGUUGUUCCGACUGGCUCACUUUUGGGACUCGUCGCCCGUGCUUGACGAACGUCAGUUUGAAAAAGUCGCAGUAGCGAUUGAAAAAUUCAGGAAUUACAUGGACUAUACAAGAGCCGUGAUUGAUGCGGAUCAAGCGAGACUUGAGAUGGUUCCGGCCGACCAUAUGCGAAAUGAGUAUCUUGCGCCACGAAGAAGUGAGCAGGACCGGAGGCGGGAGCAAGCGCCAUAUCAGUAUCGCAGCCCAUCAACAUACGGAGAUGGGCCACCGCGUGAACCGAUGGCGGGAGAUGGACGGCGAAGAGCAAAAUAUCAGAUGCCAUCAUCAAGGCCUACACGACAGAGGGAUGGCAGCUUGGCUGGUCGACUAGAAGCGCCGGCCAGAAACCCAAGAGCUUAUACACAAGCAGGAAUCCAGGGUGGACCAUCAAUGUCUGGUAGAACACCUGCUGGAUCCAAGCGUCAUGAACAAAGGUCGAGGUAUGAUCCUGGUGACGAAUAUGGGGAGGAAGAUGAAUACAUGGGUGAAAGAGAGUUAAGGGUGUCUGACAAGAGAUCUCGAAACACAGCUAGCAUCAACGACUUUGAAAAUGGAGACUAUAACGAUGAUGAAGGACUGCUGGAUAGGGAAGUUCGAAAAGGCUUCAUUGGAGGUGACGAGCUUGACUAUGACGAGUAG